AUGCUCGAAAUCCCCGUGAUCGACCUCAAGCACUACAAGGCCACGGGCGACAGGGCCGAGUGCGAGAAGGCUGCCGAGUCGCUGCACAAGUUCGGCGUGCUCUGCGUCCGCGACGAGCGAGCCGCCGACAGCGACAAUGACACCUUCCUGGACAUGAUGGAGCGCUACUUCGAGUCGACGGACUUUGUGGAGGACGCGCGUCCGGAGUAUCACUACCAGGUGGGCGUCACGCCCGAGCGCAAGGAGCGGGCUCGCAAUCACUGCGCUCGAGCGGAAAAGCUGGACAAGCGUCACGCGCCGGUGUCUCUGUGUCCUCCCGAAGCGGACAAGAAGAGCCGCUUCUUCUGGCGCGUCGGCGAACGUCCGGAGAACACUCAAUUCAAGGAGCUGAACGCUGAGCCCGUGGUUCCCAAGAAGUUCCCGGAGUGGGAAAGUGUCAUGAAUAUGUGGGGCGGCAAGAUGCUGGACGCCAUCACGGAUCUCGUGGAGAUUGUCGCCCUUGGACUCGGUCUCGAGAAGAACGCACUGGUGGACCGCAUCAAGAACGGCCCGCAUCUGCUGGCCCCCACGGGUAGCAACUUCAACGUGUUCAACCAGUUGAACGACGUGCUGGCAGCCUACCACUACGACUUGAACUUGCUGACGAUCCACGGUAAAUCGCGCUUCCCCGGUCUGUACAUUUGGCUGCGAGAUGGCACGCGCACGGCAGUGAAGAUUCCUGACGGCUGCCUGCUGGUCCAAGCCGGCAAGCAAAUGGAGUAUUUAACGGGUGGAUACGUCCAGGCAGGUUUCCAUGAAGUUGUCGUGGCGGAAUCCACGCUCGAGGCGAUCACUCAGCGUAAGAAUGCUGGCAAGAGCUUGUGGCGUGUCUCCUCCACGCUCUUCUCGCACACGGCAUCCGACAAGACGCUGGAGCCUCUCGGACACUUUGCAACGCCAGAGGCGCUGGAGAAGUAUCCGCCGAUUCUCGCGGGCAACCAGGUGCUGGCCGAGCUCUCUCAGAUUGAGCUUGGCACGGGUUUCACCCUCCACCGUGACUAG